AUGGACGCCGUAAACGUCGGUUUCGUGAGAGAUCUUGUUGUGACGCAGAGAAAAACACAUUUACAAGUCAGUUUGUUGCUACAAGAAGCAUAUCCUGGAAAGAGAGGCUUAAGUUCGCGGUCCGUUAGAAGGUUUUGCCUUAAAAAUGGAAUUCACGCGCAAAAUCGGCUGUCAAACGAAGAGCUGGAACACUACACGAAACAAGUUGUUGCUAGGGUGGGUAUUUUUGCUUGAAAUUCUUUUUUUUUUUUUUCCUGUGGGGAAAAAACUGGUUGAAUUAAGAAAUUUUUCAUAAAGUAACGUCAUGAAUGGAUAUUAUUCGGAGAAACGUUGUUGGUACCACACGUAAACCGUUCAUCACCAACCUUCACAAUCUUUUCAAGGCUACCGGUCCAUAAAGACACCCUGUUCAAGGCGCUAAAUAGUUAACCUGUUUAAGACUCAAGACCCGGAUACCACACCCUGUUCAGCGCCACGUACCCUUCUAGGCCAAAUAAGGGACUGCGCCCCAAAGAGUGGAGAUGAAAUCCUCAUUCUAUUCCAAAUCAACAUUGAUCACCAUUAGCAGACUGAUAUAUGUCUAAUACAUUUAAAUUUCACCAUCAUAGUAGGAGUAAAACCUUAUCUUGUCUUUAGGCAAAGUCUGGAAGUCUCAGCCAAAAUGCAAUAACUAUGACGUUGCAAAUUGAUGACAUCAAAAGCAUACGCUCUCUGUCAACUCCCUCUUAGCCUGUGUGCAGACGUCCCCCCUCCCGCAGAAAAAAAAAAUUGAUUUUUUUUUACUGAGGGAGGGGGGGGGGGGGGCGUCUGUACACAGGCUACUCCCUCUUAACUAAUCAACUUUCAAUGGGAUGGACACUUUUUAAAUUGGCAACUUGGAGAUGUCUCCCAAAGGUGUCCAUCUCAAAGACAGUUGAAAUAAAUCAUUAAGUUAUUGAUGUGUUUUACUCAAGGUUGGACCCACAUGGGGUAGAAAAAUGGUGAAAGGAUAUAUGGCCAGUUGUGGUAUAACAGCUGGUGACAAGCGCAUUGGAAAAGCUUUGUCAAUUGUCUCUCCUCUGUACCAAGUCCAGAGAAAUACCAACACCGCCAGGCAAACCAAUCCCUAUCCUUACCAUGCUGACUAUUUUGGUCACAAAUUGCACAUGGACCAAAAUGAAAAACUGGCAAUGUAUGGAUUAACUGAAGUCAGUGCAUGUGAUGGCUAUAGCGGAAAGAUUGUGGCUUUUGCAACAAUGCCAGUGAAGAACAAUGUUUUGAUCUAUGAGAAUGUUUACAGGUACAGUAUUCGACAAUUCUUUAAAAAUUGCUAUUAUUACUAUAGGUGAUAAUAAUAUUGCAAUUAUUGCAGCAGUGUUUCCACUUUAACAACAAGCACUUCCAGAUAAGAAGUACCAGCAAGGGUAUAAAUAGCAAAAUAAGAGAAGCAGCCAAGUAACAGUGAUGAAUAUAUCACGAAAACAAGCAUAGAUCAUAUUAAAAUUUGAUUUAUGUUUAUUUACUCACCUUUGUAUGUGUUAUUGAUGUUUAAAUAUUACAUCCUAUAUUUGCUUUUCUCUUUGAAGAACUGCGGUCAUUCGGCAUGGCAUUAGGGAUCAACUCAGAGUAGACCAUGGAACAGAGUUCUAUCUCUCUUUGUAUGUACAAGAAAAAAUGUCUCCAUAUAGGACCAAUACAAGAAGGGAACCAUUUAUACAAACAACUUCGAAGCAGGUGUUUGUUUAGUGAACAUGUCACCAUUAUUUAUUAUGAUAAUUACCAUUAAUCAUUAUUUUUAUUAUUAUCAUUUACUAUUAUUUUUCUCAUUUCAAGAAUCAUCCUGCUGAGAGAAAAUGGGUAGAGUUUAACUCCCGUGUCAACUACCCUAUUAAACGAGCUCUAAAUGCUAUGGUGAAUGAAGACCUAAUAAAUAUGGAUGAUGACAUGAACAAGUUCUGUGUAUCAUGGUUUACCUCUAGGGUAGCAGACAUUGGAAUCAAACAAGUUAUUUCCAGCUGGAACAACCAUGCUAUCCCUGGUAAGAGUUUAUUGAGGUGGUGGUGGUUCAGUAAACCCAGCCUAUGGAAAAUCGAUAUUUUUAUAAUUCCAAGUUUUAACUGUACCAGGAGUUUUAAUAACUGCCAAGUUAAAUAUGACAGGUAACGAGAAUUAAGAAGGGGUCUCUUCAUUCUCCACAUUCUCAGGUAAAUUAAAUUACUCAAUAUUCAUCUGUUGGGAUAAUUAACUUUCUGAGUGUGGGAGUGCUACACCAAUAACAAAAAUUGUAAAAAACUGAAUAUCUUAACCCUUUAAGCCCCAGUAUCCACAUACAAAUUCUCCAAACUGAUCUCCAUACAUAGUCCUUUAAGAAUAAGUUGAGAGAAUUUAAUAAAACAUCAAGGCAUUUUCUCUUUCGUGUUAAUUUUUUAUAUUCUUACAACCUUAUCUCUUGACAAUGUAUGGCCAUUGUUAGGAGAAAAUUGCUGUUGGUCACUAUUGGGACUUAAAGGGUUAAUAAUUACUGUUUUUAUUGUCAAGAGACAUCUUUCUUCUUGAACAUCAGUGUUUCUAUUCUAACAGGGAAGGGAGUUCCAGAUAAAAGAAUGGAGGAAAAUAAGAAGACAUUUAUCCUUCCAUCUAUAGACAUGCUUCCCACUGGUGAAGAAGCUGUAUCUGCCUACGAAAGGGAUGGUGGCAAUCUUAGAUCUCCAGAAGUGUUUGGAACUGAUAUCCUAGCUGGGAACAAACAGCUCCAGCAAUUGCGUUUUGAUAACUUUAAUGCUGCUUACCCUAGUUUCGAGGUCAUUUUCUAUUGCCUUGUGAAUGGUGAUCAUCAACCAUUUAGAGAGGGCCUAAUGAAUUUCAUUGAUCUAACUACAACAUAUAAUCCAAACUAA